UUUGCAUUUAUAAGUGUCAAAAAUUUCAUUUCUGCACAAUUAGUUUUCACUUUUUAGGAGGUUGCCUCUUCAACCAUAAUAAAACCACAACCAAUAAAUAAUAACUAAAUGGCAACCUUUUUAAUUUCAAUGUCUAUUUUUUGUUGCAACAGAAAAUUAGAAUGAACAGUUUUAUUUAUUUAUUUUACUUUUUAUUUCAGAAUAAUAGCUUCAAUAUCAUACAAAUACGUCUAAUAAUUUAGCUCUCUAUGAAGAAUAUACGAAAUGCGAAAAUAAAAUGUCUUUUUAUAGCGUGUAACUCCAAAAUAAUUGGCAUAGGAUUUAAGAAAGUGUAUGCAUGUAUAUUUUAGACACAGUCUAAUUUAGAAAUUAUAUUAUAAAUAAUUCCCAAAGGGUCAAUACUACAUCACGAAUUAAUUGGCGGAGAACCUGAGCGUACUCUUUACUUGGGGAACUCGUUACAGGAAAACCUCAUACAGAGGGAGGAAUUUACACAAAAAGAAAACAGUAUGGCUGCACUUGGAGCUCAUUUGAGUUCGGGUAAAAUAAAUUUGGGUUUGCUAAGAGACUGCUAUAGAAGAGAAUUUCUAGAAUGUCUCGAUAAAUGCCUUGGUACAAAGGCAUUGGUCUGGGAUGAUGCUUUAACUGGGCCAUUUGGUUUGAUUGCUGAGUACUCUCUUUUAAAGGAACAUGAAGUUGAGAAAAUGUUUCCACUGCGGUCAGCAGGUCUGCCACAGAGUAAUGUCCAGAACAUUGUGUUCAUCACAAGACCAAAACUAGAUCUUAUGGAGAUCAUUGCUCAGAAUAUUCUACAAGAAGAGCAAAAAGGAGGAUUCAGAAAAGAGUUUACUUUGAUAUUUGUUCCAAGAAAAAGUCUUCUGUGUGAAAAAAAAUUGAAGCAAAUGGCAGUGUAUGGUUCCUUGGCAAGUGUUGAGGAGUUUAAUUUAUCACUUAUUCCAUUUGAUUGUGAUUUGCUCUCUAUGGAGAUGGAAACAUCAUUUCGGGAAUGUUACUUGGAGAAUGACUUCACCUCGAUGUUCUAUGCUGCACAAUCUCUGAUGACAAUACAGAGUUUAUACGGUGUCAUUCCAUACAUCUUUGGUAAAGGAGAUUGCGCUAAGCACGUGGUAGACUUGAUGCGGCGGAUGAAGAGUGAGUUGAGUGGGAGCGAGGCUCAGAUCACCCCCCAGAUUGACAACCUGCUCAUCCUCGAUCGCACCGUUGACCUGCUCACACCAAUGCUCUCCCAGCUCACCUAUGAGGGACUCAUUGACGAAAUAUUUGGUCUCAAUAACACUAGUGUUAAACUUCCACCAGAGAAGUUCACGCCAGGAAACCAGCAGCAGCAGGGAUCGUCUGAUGCUCCGACAGAACUCAAGAAAUUCAUUCUCAAUUCUUCUGACGAACUUUUUGCCGACUUGAGGGAUAAAAAUUUCAAUGCUGUCGGGUCCAUUGUCAGUCGCAAGGCUAAAGUCAUCACAGCUGAAUUCGAUGAAAGACACAGUGCCAAAACAGUGGGAGAGAUGAAGCAUUUCGUAUCCAAACUACCACACCUACAGGCAGCAAGGCAGUCAUUAGCUAUACAUACGUCUAUUGCUGAGCUGAUCAAGGAGGCCACAGACCAAGAUGAGUUUAUGGAUUCUCUCCGAUGUCAGCAAGAGUUUAUAAAUAGCUUAGAAACAGAUAAAAUACAUCCAUAUAUAGAAGAGGCAAUAGCUAAACAAGUUGAUUUAACAAAGGUGCUACGGCUAAUAUGUAUCCAGUCAUAUUGCAACGAUGGACUAAAACAAAAAGUAUUGGACUUUUACAAAAGAGAAAUCAUUCAGACAUAUGGAUAUGAACACUUGUUAACUUUGAUGAACCUGGAGAAAACUGGUCUUCUUAGUCAGCAUGGCAACAGAACGUAUGCUGUGAUCAGAAAAUCUUUACGGUUGAUGGUGGAAGAUGUUAAUGAGCAGAAUCCUAACGAUAUCUCCUAUGUGUACAGUGGGUACGCCCCUCUCAGUGUUCGACUGGCUCAGUACUUGGCCAGGCCUGGCUGGAGAAGUAUUACAGAAGUUCUUAACCUGCUGCCAGGGCCCAAAGUGGAGGAGAUUCAACAAAUACCUGUCGGCCUAAGGAAAAGAAGAACAUCGAUCUCCUCAUCACAUUCCAGUACGGGAGAACAGAAAGUCACUCUGGUCUUCUUCCUCGGUGGCGUCACGUAUGCCGAGAUCGCAGCCCUCCGAUUCCUCGCACAGCAGGAUGAUGGUGGCACAGACUACAUCAUUGCAACGACCAAAAUAAUCACAGGAAAAUCAGUAAUCAAAUCAAUAACAGAUAAACUGGAAGUUGUCAAGUUAAAUCCAUUUUGAGUCGGAAUAAUUAUAAUAAAAGUUUGAGCUUCUUUGUGGACACAUGCAUCCAAGAGCUUCAAAUUAGUAUCAUACAGUGCUGCCAGAACUUAGCUUUGAAAUAUUCAAAGUUUGUGCUUUGUUGUGGAAACAUGCAUUCCACUGAUACAGUUCACUAUCAUACAGUACAGUACAGUCUGAACAUAAUUUGAAUAAUAUUCAGUUUGUUCUUUGUUGUGGAAACAUAUAUUGCUGCCAGAAAUGAGUGCUCCACUUUGACAUCACAAGUCCUACAGUUAGACAAAAAAAUUUAAUAAAACAAAAGUAAUUGUAAAUAAAUGUCAUUAUUCAGGAGAGAGAAAACCUGUCCGGUAUGAAUUAGUACUGUAUGAAUGAUCAGUGGUUAUUUAGUCAAUAUUUGAAAGCCAAAGACAUUCAACUGCGAGUUUACUAGUUUUAAUAUAUUUUACCCUUUUGUAUCCAAGCUACUCCAUUGACAUUAUUAGCUUGGUGUGAUGCUACAUGUACAUGUAAAUUAGUAUGUUGUAAAAAGAAAAGAAAGAAAGAAAUGUUUUAUUUAAUGACGCACUCAACACAUUUUAUUUUCAAUUAUAUGGCGUCAGACAUAUGGUUAAGGACCACACAGAUAUUGAGAGAGGAAACCUGCUGUCGCCACUUUAUGGUCUACUCUUUUCAAUUAGCAGCAAGGAAUUAGUAUGUUGUAAUACUGGAAACCAAAUUUAAUCCAGUAAUUUAAAUUAUAUAACUACAUGUAUUUACUCUUUCAUCCUUGUGCCCUGGGCAAGUUUUCUGGCACAUGUCUGAACCCAAGCACCUCUACCCAAUUGGAAACGCAUACCAAGUGUAAUAUUUAUAUUUAUUAAACUUGUAUAAAUAUUUAGUAUCUACAUAAAAUUAUUCACCGUUUUAAAAAAAUGUAGAUAUUAAAAAAAGGAUUAAAAUAUAAAUCACAAACAAUAUUUUCUUGAUUACAAGUACGUUUAGAUUUUCUCUGAUCAUGUACAUUUAGUAAAAUAACUGUUUUCUGCAUUAGUUUAAAUAUGUUCUGAUAAUUUUACCAAUUUAUUAUUUAUCAUGGGACAAUUUGACAACAGAUGUUUUAAAGUGUAUACUGGAAAAUAAUUUGGAUACUAUUUUAAAAGAACAAAUUGUUGGAAACAACUAUCCCGAGUUAGCAACCAUUGUAACAUAUUUCCAAAUAAUAAAUGCUUUUUAACAACUAAA